AGCUUAGAACAAACUCGAGGUAGUUGACCUCUUGAAGUUGUCACUGUGACGUGUCAGUCACUGAUUGGAGGAGAUGAGUGUGAUGCCAUCAUGACGUGCCUCCUAAACAGACUAAGAGGAUUAUUGUGUUUCCUCCGCUGCUGCUUUUAUUCAAGCAGGAGAACAACGAUCGUGUGUACGACCAGAUCAUUGAGUGAUUGAUCAAUUGAUUGAUUGAUUGAUUGACAGAUGAAGCUGCAUGUAAUUUUGCUGCUGAUCUGGAGCCUCUGUCGUCACAGAGUCGACUGCAGUCUGCCCGACUUCACACCUGCAACACAUCUGCUGCAGGUUGAAGCUUCCGUGAACUCUGAGUCAAAGGUCGUCAGCGUCUCGAUGAAGAAUGAAGUCAGUCGACUUCCUGGACUCUGUCGACGUCUGAAGAGACGAAGAAUCAGUGUCCUGUGUAACCUGGAGAAGUUCUGUUGGUGGGGGCGGAGUCAGGGGCGGGGUCAGGUCGGUCAGGUGUGUCGUUGUCCUCGUGGCUCCAGAUGUUCUCAUUUCUUCGUCCAUAGUCUCUGAACCAAUCAUUUAUCAAGCCUCAUUGUAUCAAACUGAUUUAACUUGAAUAAAAGCAAAAAAACAUCA